GUGUGCAUUGCAUUGAAUAGAGGUGACUUUCGGACUGGUAAGAUAAGUAUUGCUUGAAAAGAUAGCAUUCGUAGUUAUAGUGAUGCUAACUAUAUUGACACGCCAAUAAAAAUCUGCAAAAUGGAACAAAGUUGUGAUGUUUCACAAACAGAAUGCGGUGAAAAGUCCUCUUUAUUUAACAGCGAGGUUCAAGAACCGGAAGGAUUAAACAUGGCAUUCUUGUUUUGUGCUGGACUGUUGAUCGUAUUUCUUUUCCUACGUCUGUGGACUUCCUCUCGUGAACGGAAACUGGUGAUCUUCGAGGAAUACCAGAAUGUGGAAGACUCGGAAGAGCUAACUUUUUUAAAGAAGGCGUGUGUUUUGGUUGUCAGCUACGAAUUUGAAAAUGACAGCCUAAUGAAGCGCAAUAGCAUUGAAGAUGACCUCGCCAAUUUGAGGAAAACCUUUCAACUCAAGAGAAAUUGUAACUACAAGGAAAUUGCAUCUCCAAAUGCAGCAGAGCUACUCGAAAUACUGAAAAAUGAGCAAGAACUCCUCAAGCUAUUCGAAAUUUCUGCUGUGCCUGCAGUUCUCUUUAUCGUCCUUCUAUCGCAUGUGAAGAGUGAUAAUAUCAUCCUGACAGACCACAUGGACAGUGAUGGAAAUUACAAACGUUUUGAGACCACUGAAAUAUUUGAAGCGAUUAAAAAUACACCAGAUUUAAAAGAUCAACUCAAUGUCAUUUUCUUUGGCCCUAGCAAAGGAAACUUUGACGAUUUCUCCAAUGCCGAAAAAGACAGUUCCCCAGAGUACGAAAACCAAACAUCUAGUAGGUUUAUUAUCACUCCACGAGUUGAUAAUUUGGUCCUCGUCAGUUCAGUUGAAACGAAUACGUCCCUCGGAAGUACGAAGGAUGGCACGUGGUUUGUGAAGGAAAUUUGUAGGAUGGUGGACGACCUUGACAAAGACGAGCCGCUUGAAGUUUUUCUCACAAAAUUCCAACAUUCAGCUCACUGCAACCUGCAAGAGAUUUGCCACACAACCGGGGAAAAUAACUCUUCUCACAGGAAUUUCGUGAUUUGCAAAAGCGUAUCAGAGACAGAAGUUUCCAGCGAACCCCAAUCAGAUUGGACUUUCAUGAUGGCAGCUCGCUUUUCAGACGUAGAAAUGUGCAGAUCAUUGGUGGAAAACGGCGCUGAUUUGUGUGAGGUGGAUGAAUUUGGAGACGACGCUCUGCAUUUGGCAUGCCUCGAAGGGAAAUUGGAAAAUGCCAGGUAUUUGUUGGGAUUAACUGGCUUCAGCGUGGAAAAGAGAGGCCAAUUUGGUCAAACGGCUCUUCAUAAAGCAGCCAGUAAAGGUCACGUCGCCGUAGCCGAAUUGCUACUUUCAUUAGGAGCAGACAUCAACGCACGUGAUGAUAAUGAUGACACGCCACUUAUUUUAGCUGCUCAAUUUUCAAGCGAAGAUAUGUGUAGAUUCUUGGUGGAGAAAGGCGCUGAUAUUUAUUCAGUUGACAAAUACGGAGAGAAGAUUUUGCAUCCGACAUGCCUCAAAAUGACACGUGAAAAUGCUAUGUAUUUGUUACGAUUCAUCGAUUUCAGUGUUGAAAAGAAAGGUCGAAGUGGCAGAACGGCUCUUCACAAAGCAGCUAGAAAAGAUCAAGUUGCAAUGGUUGAACUUCUUCUUUCGUUAGGAGCAGACGUCAACGCAUGUGACGAUGACGAUGAUACGCCUCUACAUCACGCAGCUCGUAAAGGCCACGUAGCAGUGGCCAAAAUUCUUCUAUCAAAAGGAGCAGAUGUUACCGCGCGAAACGAUGAUGAUGAAACGCCUCUUCAUCGUGCUGCUGAUAAUGGUCACGUCGCAUUGGCAGAACUCCUUCUUUCAAAUGGAUCAGAUGUCAACGCACGCAACAAAAAUGGUUACACACCACUUCAUCACGCUGCUAGUAAUGGUCACGUCUCAGUGGCUGAACUUCUUCUUUCAAAAGGAGCGGAUGUCAACGCACGUAAUAAAAAUGAAAACACUCCUCUUAAUGUUGCAGUGCAAAUAUCAAGCAAAGAAAUGUGUCAAUUCUUAGUUGGACACAAUGCUGAUUUGAGUGUUGUGGAUAGAAAUGGAGACAACGCUUUGCAUUUGGCAUGUCUGGAAGGAAAAUUGGACAUUGUCAAGUACUUCUUAAGAUUAAAUGCCUUCAGUUUGGAAAAGAGAGGCCAAUUAGGAAGAACGGCUCUUCAUAAAGCAGCUAGUAAAGGUCACAUCGCCGUAGCCGAAUUGCUUCUUUCAUUAGGAGCAGACAUUAACGCACAUGAUGAUAAUAAUGACACGCCACUUAUUUUGGCAGCUCAAUUUUCAAGCGAAGAUAUGUGUAGAUUCUUAGUGGAGAAGGGCACUGAUAUAAAUUCAGUUGACAAAUACGGAGAGAAUAUUGUGCAUCUGGCAUGCCUCAAAGGAACACGUGAAAAUGCCAUGUAUUUGUUACGAUUAAUCGACUUCAGUGUUGAAAAGAAAGGUCAAAGUGGCAGAACGGCUCUUCACAAAGCAGCUAGAAAAGAUCAAGUUGCAAUGGCUGAACUUCUUCUUUCGUUAGGAGCAGACGUCAACGCAUGUGACGAUGACGAUGAUACGCCUCUACAUCACGCAGCUCGUAAAGGCCACGUAGCAGUGGCCAAAAUUCUUCUAUCAAAAGGAGCAGAUGUCACCGCGCGAAACGAUGAUGAUGAAACGCCUCUUCAUCGUGCUGCUGAUAAUGGUCACGUCGCAUUGGCAGAACUCCUUCUUUCAAAUGGAUCAGAUGUCAACGCACGCAACAAAAAUGGUUACACACCACUUCAUCACGCUGCUAGUAAUGGUCACGUCUCAGUGGCUGAACUUCUUCUUUCAAAAGGAGCGGAUGUCAACGCACGUAAUAAAAAUGAAAACACUCCUCUUAAUGUUGCAGUGCAAAUAUCAAGCAAAGAAAUGUGUCAAUUCUUAGUUGGACACAAUGCUGAUUUGAGUGUUGUGGAUAGAAAUGGAGACAACGCUUUGCAUUUGGCAUGUCUGGAAGGAAAAUUGGACAUUGUCAAGUACUUCUUAAGAUUAAAUGCCUUCAGUUUGGAACAGAGAGGCCAAUUAGGAAGAACGGCUCUUCAUAAAGCAGCUGGUAAAGGUCACAUCGCCGUAGCCGAAUUGCUUCUUUCAUUAGGAGCAGACAUUAACGCACAUGAUGAUAAUAAUGACACGCCACUUAUUUUGGCAGCUCAAUUUUCAAGCGAAGAUAUGUGUAGAUUCUUAGUGGAGAAGGGCACUGAUAUAAAUUCAGUUGACAAAUACGGAGAGAAUAUUGUGCAUCUGGCAUGCCUCAAAGGAACACGUGAAAAUGCCAUGUAUUUGUUACGAUUAAUCGACUUCAGUGUUGAAAAGAAAGGUCAAAGUGGCAGAACGGCUCUUCACAAAGCAGCUAGAAAAGAUCAAGUUGCAAUGGCUGAACUUCUUCUUUCAUUAGGAGCAGACGUCAACGCAUGUGACGAUGACGAUGAUACGCCUCUACAUCACGCAGCUCGUAAAGGCCACGUAGCAGUGGCCAAAAUUCUUCUAUCAAAAGGAGCAAAUGUCAACGCACGAAACGAUGAUGAUGAAAUACCUCUUCAUCACGCUGCUGAUAAUGGUCAUGUCUCAGUGGCCGAACUCCUUCUUUUAACUGGAUCAGAUGUCAACGCACGCGACGAAAAUGGUUACACUCCACUUCAUCACGCUGCUGGUAAUGGUCACGUCUCAGUGGCUGAACUUCUUCUUUCGAAAGGAGCAGAUGUCAACGCACGUGAUGAAAAUGAAGACACUCCUCUUAAUGUUGCAGCACAAAUAUCAAGCAAAGAAAUGUGUCAAUUCUUAGUUGGACACAAUGCUGAUUUGAGUGCUGUGGACGGAAAUGGAGACAACGCUUUGCAUUUGGCAUGUCUUGAAGGAAAAUUGGACAUUGUCAAGUACUUCUUAAGAUUAAAUGCCUUCUGUUUGGAAAAGGAAGGCCAAUUAGGAAGAACGGCCCUUCAUCACGCAGCUAGUAAAGACCACGUCGCAGUGGCUAAAUAUCUCCUUUCAAAAGGUGCAGAAGUCAACGCAACCGAUGAAAAUAAUGAUACGCCACUCAAAGUGGCAGCAAAUUCGUCAAACGAAGCAAUGUUUAAAUUUUUAGUGGAACACAUAAUGCUGCAUGGGCUGAGUUUGUUGGAUGAAGAUCAAGAGCAAACGCUUUGGCAAUUGGCAUGUAUCGAUGGUGUGUGGCAUUAUUCCAUGUAAUUCUGUAAUUAUAGGAAAUAAAUGAUGGCUUUAGCUUAAAAAAUGAAAGCUUAUUAGGAGGUGCCACUUUGAAUACUAAUAUGUAACAUCAAUAAUAAUAUCACGCUGUUUCACAAUAAAAUAGAUACAAUAAGAAUGCAGUUUAUGGCUUUUCAUCAAGUAGUUGUUAAAAAACACGUCACAGUGGCUGAAUUUCUUCUUCCAAAGGUUAAAGGUUAAAUACGUGUCAAUACACGUGUUUAUUACAACAAUUAUUUACUUUGAAAGUGGUUAUAAUGGAUUAAUUAAUAAACUUAUUUCAUUUGUGCAAUGAAAUAAGUAUUUAAGUGGUUUCAUUUUGAAUUUUAGAAGGU